UGAAUGAGCCUUGAAUGAAUAUUCGGAUCUGUAGCCAACUCUUCUUUUAAAGUGUCCAAUUAAAAUGACAAUACUUGUCAACAAAAAUCUAUGUUCUUAAUUUAUCAUCAUUUAUUGAUUAUUAAUGUGUGUUCUCAUGAUUUAGUGUAGAAGUAUUAACAGUUGAUCACCUCUAAAACCUUAACAUCAAGUUAACCUGUAAACCAGUUGAUUAUGAAAAGAAACGAAGGUCUUGUACAGAGAAGAGUUACCCAAGGGUGUAAUUCAAACACAAAUAAGGCUAUUAAUGAAUUAAAGGAUGGUAACGAUGGUGAUGUCGGGAAACAGUCUAAAUGUGAAGAUGACAAUGAUGUUGAUUCAAAGGAUACUAGGUUAACUUUGAUGGAGGAAGUAUUACUUCUUGGAUUGAAAGAUAAGGAGGGUUAUACGUCAUUUUGGAACGAUUGUAUAUCAACUGGUUUGAGAGGAUGUAUUCUUGUUGAAUUAGCUCUCAGAGGUCGAAUCGAACUCGAAAAGGCUGGUAUGAGACGACGAGGGUUGCUUUCAAGAAAAUUAAUUGUUAAAAAUCCAAAUGCAACGGGUGAUGUAUUGUUAGACGAGGCUUUGAAACACAUCAAAGAUACACAACCAGAAACGUUACAGAGCUGGAUUGACUAUUUAAGUGGUGAAACCUGGAAUCCGUUAAGGUUAAAAUAUCAAUUAAAAAAUGUUAGAGAACGUAUAGCAAAAAACUUAGUUGAGAAGGGAGUUUUAACUACCGAAAAACAAAAUUUCCUGUUAUUCGAUAUGACCACUCAUCCAUUGGUUGAUUCCGGAACGAAAUCCAAGUUAAUAAAAAAAGUUCAAGAUGCCGUCCUGAGUAAAUGGGUAAACGAUCCUCACAGAAUGGAUAAAAGACUUUUAGCCCUUAUCAUAUUGGCGCAUGCAUCCGACGUUUUAGAGAAUGCUUUUGUUUCUUUAUCUGAUGAUGAUUAUGAAAUUGCUAUGAGAAGGGUUCGGGAACUCUUAGACCUGGAUAUGGAAAGUGAAUCAAUGAAAUCGAACUCUAAUGAGACUAUGUGGGCUAUAUUUGCUACAUUUGUUAAAUAAUUUGCAAUUUCCAGCUUGCCAACCGUAAUUAUUUCAACACGUGAGAGUUUAUAAAGUUAAUUUUGAAGAAUAAGCAGAUAAUGGGGAAAGCAGAGGAAAAGAAAUUCUAUUGGAUAUGAUAAUUUCUGAUUCUCAUCAAUUAAUAACAACAAGCACAAGCAGCCUUCAAUUAUCUCUUUAUCUCUAUCUUUAUCCAUUGCCCUUUUCAUUCAUUAUUUCUCCUCUCCUUUCCAUUCCCUUCAUUCAUCCUAAAACUCUUCGAGUUAUCAAAGCUCAUUCUUCGAUCCCACGAUUUUCACAAACUCAAGUACAUAUAUAAAUAUCAAAUGCUGCGAUCGAGAGCUCAAAUUCAUCAUUCUUCAAGAUUUUAUAUUAAGCUUGUAUAUUGAAAGUUCCAUGCUAAUCAAACAAAAUGAUCCAAUAUUGUUGACUCCUGGAAGAAUCAAAAAUCUUCAAGAAUGAUAAAGAAAUAUUGUAAGCAAAAUGUAUCUAUUACUAUUCUAUAGUUAACCAAAUUUAUUCAAGUUGUUAAGACGAUGAAUAAUGUAUGUUAACGCCAAACAAAAAAGGAUCCUCCAAAAUUGCGAGAAAUUUUCCUUUUAUCGAUUUUAACAAUUUGCAAAACGCUAAACAAACAAUUCACCACCAACAAAUUCAUCAGAGAGCCAUACAAAACAUUCAGAGUGAUUAUUAAAUUGACUGAUUAAAAGUAAAACAAUUAUAAGUUGCC